UAUAGACAUGCAAUCCCCUAGAAAACCAAAAUUCAUUUAUGAUUCUGUUAUAAUUGAGGAUCAACAUUUUGCUAUUUUUUCCAGUUGGAUUGAAAAGAAAAAUGGUUCUCAUUAUAAUGUAAAGAAUAUUCCUUAUAAUUUCAAUUUACUUUAUCGUAUUAGUAAAGACGGUAAUACAACUGGAGCAUUUCAUGAAAAAUGUGAUAAUAAAGGGGCUACUAUAGUUGUAGUGAAGAUUCAAAAUUCGGAAAUGAUUAUUGGAGGAUACAACCCACUCUAUUGGGAUCAAAGUAAUAAUUAUAUGUAUACUCAAGAUAGCUUCAUAUUCUCAUUUAAAAACAAAAAUUUUCAAACUGCAAAAGUAGGUUAUAUAUAUGCAUAUCACGACAAUGCUAUAUAUUGUAACCAAAAUUAUGGACCAACAUUUGGUGGUGGUCAUGAUUUACAUAUUAGUCACUCUAAUAAGAGUUAUAUUAAUCAAUAUUCUUAUCCAAAUCUUGAUAUUCCAAAAGAUCUUAAUAAUAUAAUAGUGGAUUAUGAAGUAUUUCAAGUUAUUAAAAAAUAAUCAGAUUAAAUUUGUUAGUAAAGUCGGUGUUGCUUACAUGUAUAUUAA